UUGUUUGUAGCAAACGGGUCUGAUACCAUAUACACCAAGGGUAGCGUUACUAUUUUAUCUUACAUGAAAGAAUGGAAACGGCAAUUGACGUGUCGUCUAUAAACUAAUGAAUUCUUAAACUAUGCAAGAAACGUAGCAGCGACCAAACGUAUUAGCAUUAGCAAAGACAGGAAAACGUGCGUUCGCCAGCAGAAAUUGUUGGUCAGCUAACGGUAGCUAGUUAGCUGGUUCUGGUUAAUUGGCUAACUGUUGUGGGCUUCGCUUUUCCCAGUGGUGCCUUUAUUCUGUGCACAAUAACUUAUCUGGCAGUUGUAAGCUGAUGGAGUGCCCUCAUCUGAACUCAAACGUGAGUCCCGUGGAUUCCUCCCGGUUCCCCAACGGUACUCCGUCCUCCUGGUGCUGUAACGUUUGCAGGUCUAAUAAAAGCCCUUGGAUUUGCCUUACCUGUCUGGUGGUCCACUGUGGAAGGUAUGUCAAUGGGCAUGCAAAGAAACACUUUGAAGAGAGCCAGGUUGUUGGUGUAACUCAAAAGAAGGCUGAGAAACAAGAGAAAGAGAAAUCCCAUCAUACUGUCUGCAUGGACUGCAGCAGCUACACGCUAUUUUGUUACAGAUGUGAUGACUUUGUUGUCAAUGACACCAAGCUGGCGCAGGUACAGAAGUUUAGGGAACAGCUUCAAGGUUUAGAAAACUCAGCAUUGAUAGCUGACAGACAGAGGAAAAGAAAACUUCAGGAAAGUGCAGAUCAAGACAGCAAGUUGCUAAAAGACAGUGAAGGGGCUGCUUUAGGUGCUACAGGCCUGAGGAACUUGGGUAACACGUGCUUCAUGAAUGCCAUUCUGCAGUCCCUCAGCAACAUCGAGCAGUUCAGCUGUUAUUUCAAGGAGUUGCCUGCAGUUGCUUUGCGCAGUGGUAAGACAGCAGGAAGGAGGAUGUACCACACCCGCAGCCAAGGGGACACCAGUGUGUCUUUGGUGGAAGAGUUCAGGAAAACCCUUUGCUCCCUGUGGCAGGGCAGCCAGACUGCUUUCAGUCCAGACUCCUUGUUUUAUGCUAUAUGGAAAAUCAUGCCAAGUUUCAGGGGCUAUCAGCAGCAGGAUGCCCACGAGUUCAUGCGUUACCUGCUGGAUCACCUUCACAGGGAGCUCCAGCAAAGUCGCAACGGGGCAUCGCACCAAGUGUCACCUCAGGAUGGGGUCAGGCUGCCCGCUGCAGAGGGAAAAUACAGCAUCAGAAAUGGGACUGCCAGUGUUGUCACAUCCAUCUUUGGUGGCAUACUUCAGAACGAAGUGAACUGCCUGAUAUGUGGGACAGAAUCUCGGAAGUUGGAUCCGUUCCUUGAUCUGUCUUUGGACAUUCCCAGUCAGUUCAGACAAAAGAGGAGUAAGGACCAGGAGCCAGGGCCCACGUGUACCCUGCGUGACUGCUUACGUAGCUUUACUGACCUGGAGGAACUUGAUGAAACUGAGCUGUACUAUUGCCAUAAAUGUAAAAAGCGACAGAAAUCCACAAAGAAGUUCUGGAUUCAGAAGCUGCCAAAGGUUUUGUGUCUGCACCUGAAAAGGUUCCACUGGACAGCCUUUUUAAGAAACAAGGUGGAUACCUAUGUGGAGUUCCCACUGAAAGGCUUGGACAUGAGGGGAUACUUACUUGAGCCUGAAAAUUCAUUACCAGACAGCUGCCUGUAUGACCUUUCUGCUGUUGUGGUUCAUCAUGGAUCUGGGGUUGGAUCAGGACAUUACACAGCAUAUGGCAGCCACGAGGGCCGCUGGUACCACUUUAAUGACAGCACGGUGACUCUGACCACUGAGGACACAGUGAGGAAGGCCAAGGCCUACAUCCUCUUCUACGUGGAAAGGACCAACCAGGUGGCCUCAGACAAGACUGUCACCAUCAGUAUGGCCACAGAAAAUCCUGCAGUGAACAGUGUUUCCUUAGUAGUGUGUCAGGAGGAGGCUGUGGCGGACGGAGCUCCCACAGAUAUGGAUUUGAUGGAUGAGGCAUCCUCACACAUAGAAACAGUGGAUGUACCAGCUCCUGAUAAUGCAGCAUUGGGAAAUGUGGGCGAAGACGAAGCUGACUUACAUGAAGCUGACACAGCUUUAAUGGAGGCUGCAGCAGAUAGCGAUACCUCAGACAAGGCGGCAACAGAGGAAGCAAGCCAAGCAGUGCAAGCGGUUACACAAUGAUUUAGUCAGACUGCCUCAGACCAGCUUCUCAACCCACUUGUACUUAACCUCAGUCACAUUUUCUAGUGUUUGAUUCAAAUAGUUUAUUUCAUGUUAAAGUAUGAGCAUUUUGCUCUUAAAGAACUGCAUGACAGCAUCAUGUAAGAUUUGCUGCUUUAUUUGUUUAGUAUUCCUUUUUGUAUUCCUUUCCAUGAUGAUGAAUCUCUCAGUUGAGGCAGACUUCUCUGUAUCUUAUGGAUUCAAAUGGACAUUAUUUAAAAUAAUAAAGAAAAACUAGCCUGUAAAACCUCAGUUGGUCCAAUGUUUAGGCAAGAAAAAAGGGAUGGAUCAUGUCAAGACACUGUCACUAUAACAAUAUUUUUUUUUUUUAAUUUUCUAUAAUAUAAUUUUCAACUUCAGAACCUCGUUGCCCUUAUUUUCCAGUUCUUUAGGAAAAUGUUAGGAUGCAAAAUGCAGUGCAUUUAUGGACUGACAAAAGUUCUCAUUUGAGCCUUAGAGAGAUAUUUUACCUUGUCAGUCAGAACCAAUGUGAACAAAGAUCAUUCUCAAGAUGUUUUUGCCUGUAUUGAUGCUGGAGUGUAAUUAAGAGUUGAUUUGCUCUAAAUGGACUUGAAAAACAAGCCUUGAUGAAAUGAAAGUGAACAAUAUGAAAUACAACAAAGAAUCUUUUUUUCAAAUGUUUGAUGUUUUUCAUUUAUCUUGGAAAAAGAAAUGACAAAUUUCACUCUUCUUUUUUAGGUAAUGGUUUCAUUUGGAAAUAUAAAUACACAGAAUAAAAUAUAUGCUUACAUUA